GCUGCGCAGGAACGCAACCAACUAUCAUAACACUCUCUACCCAUCCACAACCCUUCAUAGUCCGUAUCUAUCUAAGAGAUAACUACCGCUCUAUCAAGCGAAUCUCCCCUCACCGCCAGAUCACAUGAAUUACAUAGCCAAACGGCCUACAUUGAGGUCAAAACUGUGUGCGGGGGCAGCUUUGGGUCGCCACACCAGGAGCUAUUCAUACGUUCCUUGGUCCUGUCCGUGGACUCUUCGACAUAUGAAAUAUGAAAUUCGCGAUAAUCAUAAGACAAUUGCAUUACUCCGUCAAUGGUUCGACACUAUAGAUCCUAUAACCUACCGCAAACAAUGUCCUUGGUCGGGGGAGCUCACCGACGCUUAUGAGCAUUAUAAAUACCUUGACAAGAUCUUUAUCCAGAGAAAGGCGAUCUACAUGAGCGAACCGCUGCUGACAAUGGAGGCCACCCCUGAUCAGCAUGUGAGGUCUAUACAGUUGGCUAUUGAAUGGGGGGAGGCUGCUCUUAGCUCAGCCAAGGCGAGAAUCCACGUCCUCGCAAACUAUCGAACCGCCUAUGACGUAACAGUUAUCCACUCCCACAUAGAAGAGGCAGAAAGGCAUCUGUUCAGUGCCAUGAGUGCACUGCGCGAAGCAAGAACGAAUUUUCAAGUAGCAAAGACCGACUACAAGUUCCCUCUACCGCCCGUCCUCUGCCAACCUGAUCUAUAUCCACACUAUUCAGCAUCAUUCAUUGACCUAUGCUUGGGCGUGCAUGUUGAUCCCACAGUAUAGCCAUGGCUGGUGUUCAGUGCUUCCAUUACUUUCUCUCUUUUCCUCUCUUUUACGUCUCUUUCUCAUGACUUUGAUAUCUUCUUUAGCUGGCUGUUGUUUCCUUUGUUCACAUCAUAGAUUCCCUCAUACACAUCUGAGAUGUGAAACGUGCAAGUCACGUUUGUGCUAUUUGUUUCCGUUCAAUCACGCUGUCAUGAUUUGCAUUGCUCCGAGCUGGCUCUUGAAUCUUUUAGCGCUUGUUGUCCCUGACCUAGGUCAUUUCAUCAAAUCUUCAUACCCUUCUGAUCACGUCGCUCACUGAGCUCGGUGCUUAGUAAAACCAAACAUUCGUGUGAUAAACUUUUCAUGGCUCUCUCCUAUUUCCGAAAGAAAUCUCCUGAUAAGUAGAGAGCGCCUCAGUUAAAGCUUCAGUCGGUCGGAUUCACUGGUGCACGCUCACAAC